CAAUAAUUUACCAACGUAUCUAAAGUAUUAACACUUUUUAACACUUGAAUAUUCAAAAUAAAUAAUCGCAUCGAUAGCGUAUAUAUCCAUACUAGCCCAGAGGAAUUCUGAUUGAGGAUAAAGAAAUUUGUAAUAACAACAUUACGAGAUGCCUAGAUCUUCUUCCUGCUAUAUUCAAAUUAUAAAUGAUGAUUAUUUACCCGCGUUUUUAAAAUCCCUAUUAUAGCGACUCUAUUCAAUUUUUUUUAAUAUAAAUUUAAAAAUAUUAAAUAAAACAUGCUGACUUCCAAGUUUACUCCCGACAAUAAUAUUAAUAAUAGCGCCAUCUACAAUUACGAUGACGAUCCCAGUAUUUUCCAUCAAGUUCCUGCUCCGCCCCCUCCACCCUCCGCUUUGAAUUAUCGCUCAUUCAUGGAGGGUGGUAAAGGGGUCAAGGAGUCUUACAGUAUAAACGUCAGUUACGGACCUUCCAAGGGAGCUUUGGACGGAAGAUUCGAGAACGAGGACGGGAAACGGGGAUUUUGGGAAAGAUUGAAUGGCAAUACCAGACCUGGCGAAAUAUCAGGAGGUGAUAACAAAGAUAAUCGGGAACUGGUGGAGAGAAAAACCCAGCAGAGAACAACGCAGCAGGUGACGAAAGUGACCAAGGUCUACACGACUCGAAAAUUUGGAACUCCUCAAUUACUGGAAAAUUCGGACGCCAAUAUAUUUACCAUGGACAAAGAUGGAAACAUGGUCCCUUCCGGUCACACCGAUACUUCCAAUUACUUGGAACAGCCAACAAAUGUAUCAACUUCCAUGAUAACCUGCCCACCCCAAACUUUGGAAGAGAAGAUUAUAACAGAAAUGUAUGAUUCUUCCUUCGACAGCCCAAGACACGAGGAGAUAACUUACAAAUAUUCUCCCAGGUACCUCUUUCUGCCUAACACUUCCCCCAACGGUGCGAACGACCUUUCAUCCCGUCAGACUAACGAACAACACUCUAAACCGUGUUUUAUGCCUGAUAUGAACGGCUUAUAUUUAACAUCCAACCCAAACCUUUUUCAUCUCAAUAAAAGAAACAUUCAUUCACGCCAAGCAGACGAUUUGGAACUCACGGCAGACGACGAGUAUCCCAUAUCAGAAGAUAAUUACAAUCCUUCAUCCAUGCAUCAUAAAAAUCAUCAGACUUUUAAUAAUAAUUUUGAUAAUCGUGAUGUAAUAACACAGAUGUCCGAAGAUAAUUAUAAUUAUCCUUCAUCUCUCCAUCUUAAAAAUUCUCAAACCAAAGAAGAUUUUAAUUAUUACGAAAAUCUUAAAACAGCUGCGCGUUUAGAAGAGGAAUACACAAAUUCGUCAUCGGAAGGUGCUAGUAGCAGACGAUACAAUCAUGGAGGUGGCCAUUUUUUGGGAGAGAAACUUUUCCAUCAUAAUCACAGCAAUAGCAAUAUAACAGACGACGAAUUUCCUCAGCAUAAAUCUUCAGAUUACCAAGACAGUCCUCGCAUCAUAUUCCCAACCCAACCGCCCAUCCCUUAUUUUCCCCGACACAAAUUCAAAAAACAGUCACUCAACUAUCCUCAUUUAUCGGAUGCCAAUCGCAGCAAUCACGUUGAUCAAAAUGGUGGCUGUGACGAUAUAUACAUUACUCGUCUACAAAAGGUGCCCGAAGCCGCUGAAGAUUAUGGUGCGGAUGAUAGUCACGAUGAUAACGGUAACACAAAAUGGCGCGAUCCAGAAAUGGUCGAUAUAUUGGAAUACCUCUCAUCCCCCGCCACAGAAAUUUCCGUCAAAAUACACGCCUCGGCUUAUUUACAACAUUUAUGUUUCAACCACGACGAUCACAAAAACAUGGCCAGGAAAUUGGGUGCGAUUCCUAUAUUAAUCAAAUGCCUGAAACCGGGACAGCAAAUUCCGUUAGAGCUGAUCGCAGGCGUAUGCGGAGUUUUGCGUAAUUUGGCCUACGGAAAAAAUAAUGACGAGAGCAAGAAAUUGAUCGCUGCCUAUGAUGGCAUACCCCUCUUAUCCGAGUUAUUUGUCAAUUCAGACUCCGAUGAUUCAUUGAAGGAGAUUAUAACCGGAAUACUAUGGAAUAUGUCUUCUUUAGAGGAAAUUAAGGUGCACAUUCUCCAACAUUGCACGACCAUAUUUCACAACUUGGUUAUAGCGCCUCAACUCUCGGCCAUGGCUUGCGUAUCCCCUAAGAACAACAAGGCGAAUAUGUUUCAAUGGCCUACCAUAUUCAGAAAUGUAACGGGAAUUAUAAGGAACUGCAGUUCUGCUGACGAUCCUUACUGUCGCAAAUAUCUUAUAACACACGGUGGGGAGCAUUCUUCACCCCUCAACGAAUCAUUAACACCCAAAAUUCCUUUCAAAAACACCCAUAACUCGUCGAAACCCGCUCUCCCUUUGACCAACGACUUGCUGGCUAUCUGCCUUUUGGCGUUACGAAAUCAAGACUGCGAUAAUCAGUGCGUCGAAAAUUUGAUGUGCACCCUUAGAAAUCUUUGUUAUCAGCUACCCGUAUCUCUAGCUUACGAUGUUCAUGAUAACAGUUAUAAAAGCGACUCUACUCAAGCAAACAGUGGCGGUGUCAAAAAGAAAAUCUCCUUAAAGAAAAACUGCAAAACCCUUAAUUACAAGAGUGCCACAUGUAAUCCUUCUUCUAAAAUCUCCAAUGGUUUAAAUAUUCACAACCCUAAUAAGAAGGUUAUUACGAACAAUGUAAAUGGAGUGGAAAAUCAAUUGACCAAGCUCGAAGAUACACCGAGUACGUCUUCAGAUUAUUCGUCUUCUCAAGAUUGUAAUAACAAUAAUCAAAAUCAGACUAGCCCUGAAUCAUUGAUUAAUGAUGGCCAUCACACAUUGGGCUGUUUCAACAUUCUUCAAUCUUCUCUGACCCCUUACAAUUCGAACACUAUCAAUCCAAAUUCCAACAAAAAUUUUCACAAUUCUUCCAAACUAAUCUUCGGCGAAAACGACAAAGACGGUAAAAGCAAUAAUGUGGUAUUCCUCCCUUCCAUUCUUUAUUCACAAACUCUAGCUAUCAAAUUGUGUUUGGGUAUAUUGAGAGAAUGCGCUAACCCUUGCACCUUAGAAGGCUCUGCCGGCACCCUUCAAAAUUUGGCCGCUUACCUAAAUUGGAAACCUUCCAUUGAAAUCCGUACAGCCGUUAGGAAAGAAAAGGGUCUGCCAGUGCUAGUCGAGUUACUCAAACUCGACAACCUUCACAAAUCUUCCAUUAGUCCCUCCACGGAUAAAAUCGUGUGUUCCGUACUUAUGGCUCUUAGAAAUCUAGCCCUAGAUAAUCGAAAUAAGGAACUUAUAGGUAAAUACGCCAUGAAAGAUUUGAUAGAGAAGCUUCCCGACCCUUCAAACUCAGACCACAUUAAUCAAUCAGUCAAUCACGUUAAAAAUUCUGACAAUUGUGACAGAACACUUCGAGUCAACCAAGCCAAAUUGAGUGCUAUUUUAGCCGUUCUGCACCAGAUCGUGAAAGAUAAUCCGGAAUUUUCCCAAUCCUUCCUAGAAAACAAAGGCAUAGAACGAUUGGUGCAUCUAACCAACCAUUAUGACCAAAUAUGCCCCGGUACCAAUUAUAACCCUAAUUCGAUGUCAACUUUAAAUGGCAACGGUCCAAAUAACCAAACGCUACCAAGACCCGUCAAAUACUCGUUUCAAAUAUUGCAUUCCCUUUGGGGCCACAAGUCGAUGCGCGAAGAUUAUUCUAAAGCCGGGUGGAAGGAAGAAAUUUUCAAACCUCAUUUGAAUCCUAAAUACAAGCAUCUGUUUACCUCCCAUGACAUCAAACAACAUACACCCAGUACCGGUCUUGAAAAACAAAAAUCCAUCAAACAGAAUGGAUUCAGAAACUUAAACGGCACCCUAGCCACACCCUACUUCGGAGAAAAUAACACCUUGAGUAGACCUAUCCAAUCCCAAUGCCCAGAUGAUAAAUCAUUUCAGGCCUCGCCGGAUCGCGUCAAAGCGAAAUUUGCCAAAGGUCCCGAAAAUAUUCUACCCGGAAGCGACGCCCUUUUGAACCAGGAUCAUUAUUACUAUUAUCUUAGAAAGGCUGCAGCACAUCAAAAUAACGGGAAUGGACACAUCUUUAACAGCGACAUGGCAAACAUGAAUAGCAAUAUAUUUUUUAAGGAACCCAUCUAUUCUCAAGUCAACAAAUCUCGAAACAACAAUCAUUUAUUACGUCAUCACUUGGAAAAUCAAUCAGCAGCCGACUCAUGGGUCUAAAAUUAAUGAAAUACCUCUUUCCCAUUAUACACCGUCACUAAAUUUUUGGAGUGCUUGAAAUCUCCAAACUGGCAUUCAGAAUAUGACUACUAAUUGUUGGUAUAAUAAUUAUGAGAUUGGGUCAGUUUAAUCGCUCAAAUAUACAAAACCAGAAUAUAUAUUUUUUAAAACCAAUAAUUAAUUUAAACUCUGUCAUUAGGAUCCAAAAUAUAACGAUUUUCACUUGGAUCAAUACCAAAAAAAAAUCGUGAUUAUUUUAAUUUAUAGUACAAAACCAAAUAUAAUAUGUUUUUUUAUAUAUUUUGAUAUAUUACUAUAAUAUUUUUUUUUAAAUAUAAGAAUUAUGUAA